CCCGUCCCGUCCCGGCCCGACCCGUCCGCCAGUCGCCGCACGAACGCCGCCGGUUCCAGUCGCCCCAACACCACUCGCUGUUCCCGGCAGAGCGACGACCGGGCCGACGACGUCUACACCGACAAACACGUCAUACUGCGAAGGAGUGCGGCCAGUGCAGCGCGCGGCGUAGAGGACUCCAGCGCCGUCCGGCCGUCCGGCACGAGGGCACCCGACCGGCAUCAUGAAGAACACCGUCAUCAAGAACCCGUCGUGGUGGAAGCGACGCAGCCGGCUGGAGCGCGUGCUGACGGCGGCCACGGCCUGCCUCAUGUGCGUGUCCGUGGCGCUGGUGGUGUCCCUGGCCGUCGUCUCCGUCCCGGAGGACUCAGGUUGGACAGGUGCCGACGCCAGCGCUCCGCUGUCCAGAGUCAGGAGGAGUCCCGCUGCAGGAGGCGCCGCUGACGCCCGCUCCAGGGGACCCGGCCCCACCUCCAAGCCCAUCGCGGACGCCUCCGAGAAGGACGUGUGUCUGACGGAGGGCUGCAUCCACACUGCCUCGUACCUGCUCAAGACGAUGGACCUGGACGUGGACCCCUGCGACGACUUCUACCAGUACGCGUGCGGCAACUUCAUCCGCACCACCAACAUCCCGGACGACAAGACGUCCAUCACCACCUUCUCCAAGAUCAACGACGACCUCACGGAGCAGCUGCGCAACGUGAUCGAGGAGCCCAUGACCGCCAAGGACCCCAAGUCGUUCGGCGUGGCCAAGAAGCUGUACCAGGCCUGCAUGAACAAGACUCUGGUGGAGGAGCGCGGCCUCACGCCCACCAAGGAGAUCCUCAAGGUCCUGGGCGGCUGGCCCGUGCUGGAGAAGGACUGGAACGAGGAGGCCUUCGACUGGAAGGAGACCACCUACAAGUUCCGCAAGGAGGGCUUCAGCGUCGACUACAUCUUCGACUUCUCCAUCAACAUCGAUCUCAAGAACUCCACCUUCCGUGUCAUCGACAUUGACCAGGCCUCGCUGGGGCUGAGCCGCGAGUACCUCCACAAGGGCCUGGAGGACAAGCUCGUCAAGGAGUACUACAAGUACCAGACGGACAUCGCCGUCAUCUUCGGCGCCGACCGCGCCGUCGCCGAGAAGGACAUGCUGGACGUGGUCAACUUCGAGAUCGCCAUGGCCAACAUCUCGCUGCCCAACGAGCAGAGGCGCAACUCCACCAAGCUGUACAACCCCAUGAAGAUCAGCGAGCUGCAGACCAGGUUCCCGUCCAUCCCCUGGAAGGAGUACAUGCAGCGCAUCCUGCCCGCCUCCAUCACCCUGACCGACGACGAGGUCAUCAUCGUGGACGUGCCCGAGUUCUUCGCCAAGCUGGAGAAGCUGCUGGCCGCCACGCCCAAGAGGACCAUCGCCAACUACCUGCUGUGGCGCGCCUGCUCGUCCACGCUCAGCUACCUGCACGACUCGGUGCGCGACCGCCAGCUCAAGUUCUACACGGCGCUGUCCGGGCGCACGGAGCGCGAGAGCCGCUGGAAGGAGUGCGUGGACCUGGCCAGCGGCAGCAUGUCGCUGUCCAUCGGCUCGCUCUACGUGCGCCGCUACUUCCGCGAGGACUCGAAGCGAGAGGCCCUCGAGAUGGUCAACAACAUCCGCGACGAGAUGUACAAGAUCCUCAAGUCGUGCACGUGGAUGGACGACGCCACCAGGCAGGAGGCGCUCAACAAGGCCUACGCCAUGACCAACCACAUCGCCUACCCCGACGAGCUGCUCGACAACGCCAAGCUGGACAAGUUCUACGAGGGGCUGGAGGUGAACCCCGACCUGUACCUGGAGAGCAUCCUUAACCUCACCAAGUUCGGCACGGACUACUCCUUCAACCGGCUGCGCCAGAAGGUGAACAAGACGGAGUGGAUCUCGCACGGGCGGCCCGCCAUCGUCAACGCCUUCUACAGCUCCAUCGAGAACAGCAUCCAGUUCCCGGCAGGCAUCCUCCAGGGCGCCUUCUUCAAGAGCGACCGCCCCAGGUACAUGAACUACGGCGCCAUCGGCUUCGUCAUCGGCCACGAGAUCACCCACGGCUUCGACGACCAGGGCCGGCAGUUCGACAAGGACGGCAACCUGGUGGACUGGUGGGCCAAGGAGGUGCAGAAGAGCUACCUGGAGAAGGCUCGCUGCAUCAUCGAGCAGUACGGCAACUACACCGCCAAGGAGGUGACCCUCAAGCUGAACGGCAUCAACACGCAGGGCGAGAACAUCGCCGACAACGGCGGCAUCAAGCAGGCCUACCGCGCCUACAACACGUGGUCCGAGCAGAACGGGCCCGAGCCGCGCCUGCCCGGGCUGCCGCUCAACCCGCGCCAGCUCUUCUGGGUGUCGGCGGCCAGCAGCUGGUGCUCCAAGUACCGGCCGGAGGCGCUGCGCGUCCGCAUCACUACGGGGUACCACUCACCGGGCGAGUUCCGCGUCCGCGGCCCCAUGUCCAACCAGGAGGACUUCGCCAGGGACUUCAACUGCCCCGUGGGCAGCCCCAUGAACCCCGCCCACAAGUGCCAAGUGUGGUAGAAGAGGCCAGCGCGUCGUCGCGCCAAGAGAGACCCCGCUGUUCGAUCGAGCGGGGUUUGUGUCAUUUUGUUCGCGAGGCUGCCGCGCCGUCUAUCGCGCGAUGAUAGAACGAGUAAAGACUGAACUUGUUUGUGUCCGCUGUGCUGCCGCGGUCGACCGGCUGUCUCUGUCGCACCGAGUCUCACGGUGAAUCUCAAUAGAAUCUCACAAGACAGUUAAGCCGCUGGAGGCGAACUAAACCCCGAGCUUAAAAGGGAGGCUGGGUCUGACGGGCCGCGUGGCCCGUUGGAUCCCAUUUUGUAACUUCACUUGACUUUGUUGAGCUGCUCACACGCGCUUGGAGUAACCACUUGUUAGUGAAGCACCUUUCCAUGUUUGAGAUGCUUGUGCCAGAGAUGAUCGAGAUGAAACAAAAAAGUUGUGAUGUUCAAAAAGAAAAGAUAAUUUUUAGUUGUUAAUGUAUCUGUUGUAUUUAAAUUUCUUUGUUUUAACUGUGAACUUUGUGUAUUUCAAUUUCCAAGAAUCGACCAGUCUCAAAUUUGAGAAAUUGGUCAAACGCUUGGAGAAAAAAAAAAAAACGAAGCAUGGUAGAAGAAUAAUAGUACGUAACCAUUCCGUCCUGUCCGCCCGUACCUGUUGUUUUACAAACUAGCAAGUAGAUCGACAGUCAUCGUCAAUAACAAAACAAACCACGAGGAAUGUUGACAACUCUUAUAAAUAAACCGAAAUGAAUAAAAAUAGUAAAAUAAUUUGAAAAGCC